AAACCCGCCUAGAGAGAGAGAGAGAGAGAGAAGAUGGACAGAUACAAGCUCUUCUCUCUCUCCUCAUCCUCCCCUUCUCUCUCCACUUUCCUCCCCUCGCCCCACCGCCCUCCCCCAUCUCCCUCGCUCCCCUGCAAACGGUCCUCCGUCUCGGCCUCCCUCCUCCGCUCCCAGCAACCGCCGCCGGCGCGGGCCCCGGCGCCGCCCCCCGCCGUGGAGGCCUUCUGGGAGUGGCUCCGCCGCGAGGGCGUCGUCUCCGCCAAGACCCCGGCGAAGCCCGCGGUCGUCCCGGAGGGCCUGGGCCUCGUCGCCCAGAGAGACAUUGCCCGGAACGAGGUCGUCCUGGAGGUGCCCAAGAGGCUGUGGAUAAACCCGGAGGCGGUGGCCGGGUCGGAGAUCGGGCGGGUGUGCGAGGGGCUGAAGCCGUGGAUGUCCGUGGCUCUGUUCUUGAUCAGGGAGAAGCUGAGGGACGACUCGCCGUGGCGGGUCUACCUCGAUGUCCUCCCGGAGUCCACCGAUUCUACUGUGUUUUGGUCAGAAGAGGAGCUGGCUGAGCUGCAAGGAUCCCAGCUAUUGAGAACAACAUUAGGUGUGAAAGAGUAUGUGGAGAGUGAAUUCCGGAAAUUGGAACAAGAGAUUAUAUUACCUAACAGGCAGCUCUUCCCUUCUCAUAUAACAUUCGAUGACUUCCUCUGGGCAUUUGGCAUUCUUAGAUCAAGGGCAUUUUCAAGACUUCGUGGCCAAAACCUUGUGUUGAUCCCCCUUGCAGACCUGAUUAAUCACAGUCCCAGUAUUACCACAGAAGAUUAUGCAUAUGAAAUCAAAGGUGGUGGUCUUUUCUCAAGAGAGCUGUUAUUUUCUUUGAGGAGCCCUGUUUCUGUCAAAGCUGGUGAACAGGUUCUGAUUCAGUAUGAUUUGAAUAAGAGCAAUGCUGAAUUGGCUCUGGAUUAUGGGUUCAUAGAAUCAAAGUCAGAGCGUAACUCAUAUAGGUUAACACUGGAAAUAUCUGAGUCGGAUCAAUUUUUUGGAGACAAGCUGGAUAUAGCCGAGUCAGAUGGUCUGGGUGAGACUGCAUAUUUCGAUAUAGUUUUGGGUCAACCUCUUCCACCAACAAUGCUUCCGUAUUUGCGGCUAGUAGCUCUAGGAGGAACAGAUGCUUUCCUUUUGGAAUCCCUUUUCAGGAACAAAAUAUGGGGCCACCUGCAAUUGCCUGUAAGUCGGGCCAAUGAGGAGCUAAUAUGUCGUGUUGUUCGAGAUGCUUGCAGAUCUGCACUUUCUGGUUAUCGUACCACAAUUGAAGAGGAUGAGAAGCUUGCAGAAAAAGGGAAUCUCACCCGUAGGCUGGAGAUUGCAGUCGGUGUUAGAGCUGGGGAGAAGAGGGUGCUGCAGCAAAUUGACAAUGCAUUCAAGGAUAGAGAAAUGGAAUUAGAUGAGUUGGAAUACUACCAAGAAAGGAGGCUUAGAGAUCUUGGUCUUGUUGGCGAGCAAGGUGACAUUAUCUUUUGGGAGAAGUAAAACUUUAUGUGCACUCCCAUGGGAUCCUCGUCUAAUAUGACAGAAAGCAAGAGAGCAAUGUUGUUCGCUGCGUGUGGCUUUCCCUACUCUCCAAACCAAAUUUGGAUACUGACAGAGAAAGCACAACCAGAAACGUGAUAUUCCUUGCUUCAUUUACUUGCAACAGCUAUGUUAAGAAGACUUUACUCUGCAUGGCUUUUGCUCCGUAAUCCUUCUGCCAUAUUGUCUACCCCGACCAACUUCCACCUGCCUGGGCUCUGUUAAUUGUGCAAGGUCAACUUGAAUGAGGCUCUAUGUAUUCUUAGUUAACAUGCAGAUGAUUAUAGAAACUUUGCAGCCAUGUUUAAUGUUUGUUGCUGUAUUUAUAUCGCUUCAAUGACCAUUUGAUAUAGCUGUUUGUAGGUGCAGUCCUGGUGCUAUAUUACCCGUCUGUAUUUUACUGGACUCUGGGUUUGAUAAAGAUCUGCUUGAUAUAUUCGUUCUAUUUGUAUAAGCCAACACGAAGAUAUAACAUAAAAGGGUCUUCUUUCUUUC